AUGGAAGACAUUCAGGAGGCUGUGCGAAAUCCUCAACAAGUCGCACUAGAUACUGAGCUUCACGAGGCAUGUACAGCUCUCGACUUAGAAAAAGUCAAACAGCUGUCAAAGAAUGGUGCUGAUCUUGGCUGCCAGGACGACGCUACGGGUAACGGCCCAUUGCACGAUCUUGUCAAUGGGGCCUCGCUUGACACCCAGGAGAGAGCGCUAAUGCUUCUCCAAUUCCUGCUUUCGAACGGCGCUGUUUGGAACCAAACCAACAGGGCAUACGAGACAGCUGGUUGCUUGGCUCGCAAAGCUCAUUUGACACUGCUCUACGACCACCUCGUCUCAGCUGGCGUCCGGGCAGAACUACUCCUGACUGCCCUGGACAAAGCACGCGGUGUGCACAAUGCAGUGGAGCGGAACGCAAGUUUUCUCAAUGGCCAUGUGGUCUACACGAAUCCGACAGAGACCAGUACCACUCUUCUUGAUGAAGAGAAGAACGCCAUCAUGAUGACAUGGGAGGACGAGAUUAUGAAACGCUCAGCCAAGAUUGUGUCAGGGCCCGGCAAGGCUGUUCUCAAUAUAGGAUUUGGGUUGGGACUUGUCGACGACGCCAUUCAGCUUGAAAAGCCGGAACGGCAUGUAAUCAUUGAAGCGCACCCUGACGUGCUGAGGGAGAUGCGGCGGCGUGGUUGGUACGAGAGACCAGGUGUUGAGAUACUGGAGGGUCGGUGGCAAGAUCUUGUGGAUGAUCUUGCUGACAGGGAAACCUUCGAUGGUAUCAUGUACGACCCGUUUGAGUUCUGGGAAGACAUGUAUGCCUUUUUCGAUGCAGUAGUGGCUUUGUUGAAGCCUGACGGAACAUUCUGCUUCUUUCACGGACUUGGAGCUGAUAAUGAAACGUUUUAUGAAGUCUACAGCCAGAUCCUCGAGAUUGAGCUGCGAGACUUUGGUUUAAGCACUUCGUUCGAGGAGCUGCCGAUUGCAACGGUAGAUGCUGAAUGGGAGGGGACAAAACGACGGUAUUGGGCUCUUGAGCGCUAUCGACUGCCGACAUGUCGCUUCUUGACAUGA